ACAGUUGUGUAUGUUUGCAUAAUAUAAUAUAAAAAGGGUUGUUCUUCACUAGCUCUCACUCACUGCCAGACCAUAUGCCAGUUUGGAAAAAAAAUCAUUUCCUUUUCUUUUUCAAAUCCCAUUAAUGCUGCUGCCAAUUGAACACCUCUGGCAGCACCUAGCUUUCACACACCUUCUAACUCAGAUCUUCCAUCCAAACAAGUUACCAAUUCCUCUCAAUCAAUUCUAAUCACACUUUCAAGUUAUAUCUUCUCUGCUCCAACAAACUCAAAGUUCAUCAUCAUCAUCAACAAUGCAAGACUCAAUUGGGAUUCCUGCUUGCUUUUCUUCAUCAAUUGAUGAUCGUGAUGGAGCUGUGACCCGUUCAGGCCAGAGCGUGUACAUGUCUGUAUACAGAACAAAGAUAGCUGGUCACUGCCGCAUUAUCACCAUCACCUGGUGCAAAAACUUGCUGCUUCAUGGUCUAUCAGUCUCAGUGGAAGGUCCACAAGGAGAUACCCAAUUCAGCUGCAAGGUUGAGCUAAAACCAUGGUACUUUUGGAGAAAACAAGGCUCCAAGCGAUUCACAGUAGAUCACGGCAAAGAAAUUGAAGUUUUCUGGGACCUUAAGGCGGCGAAAUUCAACGGCGAAACAGAACCAGCCUCUGAUUACUAUGUAGCAGUGGUUUGUGAUCAAGAGGUUGUUCUGCUUCUGGGUGAUCUGAAGAAAGAUGCGUACAGAAGAACAGGUUGCAGGCCAGCGCUGAUUGACCCAAUCCUUGUUUCGAAGAAGGAGCACGUUUUCGGGAAGAGAAAAUUCUCAACCAGAGCCAAGUUCCAUGAGAAAGGUAGGUGCCAUGAGAUCUCAAUUGAGUGCAAGAAUAACAGAAUUAGCAGCAGCAAUAAUGGAGGAGAUAUUGUAGAGUGUUUGAGAGGGGUUCAGAUUCAGCCAGAGAUGGAGAUAAGAUUUGAUGGGCAAUUGGUGAUCCAUGUGAAACACUUGCAGUGGAAAUUUAGAGGGAAUGAGUCUAUUCAUCUCAACAAGGUGAGAGUUGAGGUGUAUUGGGAUGUUCAUGACUGGCUUUUCAGUCCUGGUUUAAAGCAUGCUUUGUUCAUUUUUAAGCCAGUUUUUUUGUCUAGUUCUCUGUCAUCUAUGUCUUCAUCUUCACCACCUUUGUCAUCUUCAUCCUCAUCCACUACUCCAUUAUCAACUCAGACUGAGAGUUCUGGGUCAUUAUUGGAGGGUCGUAGUGGGAGUGAAUCAUCAGAUUUUUGCUUGUUUCUUUAUGCUUGGAAGACUGAAUGAAAAGGAUACAUAUUAUGUGUCAUCAAUCAUCCUAAAGGUAUUAUCAUGAUCAUAUCAUAUCAUCAGCAAGGAAUUUUUUCUCAUAAUCAAUUCUAACGUCAGAAGCAACUCAUAUUAGUUUCUGAUCAAAAUUAUGUAAGCUUCAAAAUCAACUAUAGAAAGAUUUGUAAGCACACAAAUUGAAAGGGAAUGGUGGUGAUGGUGAUGCAGAUUGAGAUUGAGAUUGGUUUGAGUUUGAGACUUGUGAGAAAGAGGGAUCUUUGUAUUGAGGAGGCCAGUGGGGCCACAGAGAGGUUUUGGGAGUUAGCUACAGCUGGGGUUUGAACAGUGGCACUAGCCCAUAAUGGACGAAACAGAUUGAGUCACUCACACAUGCUUAAUAAUAUUUCUCCAUCCAGAGGCAGCUGGGUCUACAUCUGUCAUCUACCACUUUGGAAAAAUUAUUCUCUUUCCUCAAUUUCGUGAUCUAAUCUUGAGAAGAGAGUUGUAUAUGUGUCAAUCAAUCACAGGUGUAUGCUAUCUAAAUUAUUAUGCAUAUAAUAGAAAUAUAAACAACAGAUUAAUGAACUGAA